AUGGCUUUCCAAGGGGCCUGCCAUCCCUGUAAUACUUCAGAAAGUCAUGCUGCCCAGCCAACAUUAAUUCUGACACUCUUUACUAGUAUGCUGGUGACUUGGCUUGAGGCUGCUAACCUCGCUGUGGGCUUCCAGGUUCCCUGGAACAUCUCCCAUCCAUUCAGUAUGCAAAGGCUGGGUGCAGGCCUCCAGAUUGCCAUGGACAAGAUCAACUCAGAGACAGUGGACCUCGGAAGCUUCAGCUGGGAAUUCACUUAUACCAACUCAACUUGCAGCAUCAAGGAGUCUCUUGCUAUUCUCACCAAUCAGGUCCAGAGACAACAGAUUUCUGCCCUGUUUGGACCAGCAUGUCCAGAAGCAGCAGAGAUUAUUGGCUUGCUGGCCUCAGAGUGGAAUAUCCCUGUGUUUGACUUCACUGGACAAAUGGCAAAACUGGAGGACAACUUCUUAUAUGACACCCAUGUGACCCUUGUGCCACCCAGGCUCAAAAUUGGUGAUGUGCUCCAGAGAAGUCUCCAGUGCCUGGGCUGGAAACACAUUGGGGUGUUUGGAGGUCACUCUGGGCCUUCCUCCUGGGAUGGAGUGGAUGAAUUGUGGAAGGUUGUAGAGAAUGGACUCAAAACCCAUUUCACUAUCACUGCCAGUGUGAAAUACACCAACAAUGACCCAGCGUUCCUUCAAGAGAAUCUUAGAAGCAUGUCAUUGGCUGCCAGAAUUAUCAUCCUAAUCUGCAGCUCAGAGGAUGCAAAAAUUAUUCUGCUGGCUGCAGAGAACCUGGGACGCAGCACAGGAGAAUUUGUCUUCAUUAUUGUGCUGUGGUUGGAGGACAGCUUUUGGAAGGAGGUAUUGACAAAUCAGAAGGUGACACACUUCCCCACGGUCUACGAGUCAGUGUUUCUCAUAGCCCUGGACUCCUAUGGAGAAGGCCCCGGACAUGCAGGCUUCUGGAAGCAAGUCUACCAAAGGCUGAGGGGGCCGCCCUUCUCCAGCACCAUCUCCACAGAGGAGCAGGUCUGGUUCCCUGAAAUGGCAAAACCCUCACGGCUGGCUCCUGGUGGCUGCGAGGAGGAGGUUCUGCUGCUGGGAGCUGGUGUGACUGCUGUGAUCCUCACAAUGACCCUCCUGAUUACUGUCCUGGGAGCUGUGAUCAUAGGUCUGAUUUUAAGGAUGCAGAGUGGAAAAUUGCAAAAGCAAAAUAAAGACAUUUGGUGGCAAAUCAAUUAUGAUGACAUCACCGUUCUGCCCCAGAACAAGCCAUCUCAGAGAGGCACACCUGUGUCGAGAGGGGACAAGAGUCAUUCUUCUGGUAUGAUGGUUUCUGGGGACGCCAGUUCCUUUGUCAAGAGCCAGCAGAGGGAAGAGCUCUUUUAUGCCCCAGUAGGGCUUUACCAGGGAAACCAUGUGGCCAUCUGCUAUGUUGGUGACCAAGCUAAAGCCUGGGUCAGGAAACCAUCUGUGCUGCAGGAAAUCCGGCUGGUAAGGCGCCUGCCCUUGGAAGAGAGAAAGCAUGAAAACAUUGUCCCUUUCUUUGGUAUUUGCACAGAACCACCCAACAUCUGCAUUGUCACCCAGUAUUGCAAGAAAGGGAGUCUUAAGAAUGUUUCGAGAAACUCAGAUAAGGAGAUGGAUUGGAUGUUCAAACUCUCCUUUGCUUAUGACAUACUCCAUGGCAUGCUGUUCCUCCGCCGGAGCCCCCUGGGGUCCCAUGGCAACCUGAAGCCUUCCAACUGCUCGGUGGACAGCCGGGUGCAGGUGAAGCUGACGGGCUUUGGGCUGUGGGAGCUCAAGUAUGGCCGGACCUACAGAACGUACAGCGGGGGACCGACAGACCACUCGGAGUUCUACUGGACAGCCCCUGAGCUGUUGCGGCCAGAGGCGCCCUAGUCGGGCACCCCAAAGGGAGAUGUUUACAGCUUUGCCAUCCUGAUGACGGAGCUGAUCCACAACCAGGACCACAGGCCUUUUGAGGACCUCCACGAGGCGCCAGAUGAAAUCAUCAGCCGAAUCAAAGACCCCAUGGCAUCAGUUCCAUUUCAAUCUUCCCUGUCAGAGGAGAAGGGCAAUGAGGAGAAGGCCUGUUGGGAUGAAUCUCCAGAGAAAAGGCCCACUUUCUCGUCCAUCAAAAAAAUUUUAUGAGAAGCCAGUUCCAAAGGCCACAUGAACAUCUUAGACAGUAUGGUGAGCAAGCUGGAGGUGUAUGCCAAUCACCUGGAGGACGUGGUGGAAGAGAGGACCAACCAGCUGAUGGCAGAGAAGAGGAAGGUGGAUAGGCUUCUGUCCACAAUGCUGCCAAGCUUCAUUGGAGAACAGCUCAUAGCUGGAAGGUCCGUGGAACCGGAACAUUUUGAGUCCGUGACAAUCUUUUUCUCUGACAUUGUUGGAUUCACAAAACUGUGUUCUCUCAGCUCCGCCUUACAAGUUGUGAAGCUCCUUAAUGACCUGUACAGUUUAUUUGAUCACAUCAUUAAGACAUAUGAUGUGUCUAAGGUGGAAGCCACUGGAGAUGCAUACAUGGUGGCUAGCGGACUUCCCAUCCGCAAUGGAAUCCAGCGCGUGGACGAGAUUGCCCCAAUGUCCUUGUACGUCCUCAGUGCCACUGUCUACUUCCAGAAGGGGCACAUGCCUGAGGAGAAGCUCAGGCUCAGGAUUGGCAUCCACACAGGUCCUGUGGUGGCUGGUGUGGUUGGAAUCACCAUGCCCAGGUACUGUCUGCUGGGAGACACUGAACAUACUGUGUUUCAUCCACAGCCUUCAGAGAAGUUAGAAGACAUGAAGGGGCUUUAG